AUGGCUGGCCGUGUCCGCCAGCCCAUCGACCUCAAAUCUCUAGAGGAGUAUCUGAAAAAGAACGUCCCAGAGAUCAAGUUACCGCUCGACAUCAAGCAGUUCGGCUACGGCCAGUCGAACCCAACGUACCUCCUCACCUCCAAAGAAGGGUCAUCCUCGUCCUCCUCCGGAAGAGGCUACGUGCUGCGAAAGAAGCCACCAGGCCAGCUCCUGUCGCAGACGGCACACAAGGUCGAGCGCGAGUACCGCAUCAUCAAGGCCCUCAAUGCCACCGAUGUGCCUGUGCCCAGGACGUACUGUCUCUGUGAGGAUGCGUCUGUGAUCGGCACGCCGUUUUACAUUAUGGAGUAUCUCGAGGGAAGGAUAUUCGAGGAUGCCACGAUGCCAUCCGUAAGCCCACAAGAGCGGCGCGAACUCUGGCACUCCGCCAUAACCACCCUAGCCAAGCUCCACGCAGUAGACUUCACCAACCCCGCCCUGGGCCUCACCACCUACGGCAAGCCCACCGGCUUCUACGACCGCCAGCUCGCCACCUGGCACCAGAUCUGCCACGCCCAGGCCGCCGCCCAGGACGCCGACACCCACGAGCCCGUGGGGCCCAUCCACCCCAACUUUGACGACGGCCUGAUGCGCUUCUUUGCCGACCCCGGCCAGCAGCCCGUCGACCGCGCCGCCAUCGUCCACGGCGACUUCAAGAUCGACAACCUCAUGUUCCACCCCACCGAGCCCCGCGUCAUCGGCGUGCUGGACUGGGAGAUGAGCACCGUCGGCCACCCCUUGUCCGACAUUGUCAACCUCACCUUCCCCUUCUUCAUGGCCCCCGCCGCCGCCGCCCCUGCCAACGCCGACCUCUCUUUUCCCUAUUUCCCCAACAGUGAUGCCUUCUUGCCGGCCGCCACGCCCGGCCUGCCCACCAGCGAGGAGCUGCUGGCGUGGUACGUCGAGGCGUCGCGCGGGAAAUAUGACCCGCGCCCCGAGAUGAGCUGGGGGGUGGCGUUUGGCAUGCUGCGGGCCGCGGCCAUCCUGCAGGGCAUCGCGGCCAGGGUGGCCAGGAGGCAGGCGACGAGCGAGGUGGCCGGCAGGUAUGCAGGGAGCUUCAAGAACCUGGGUGAGCUGGCGUGGAGGCUUGUGGAGGAGGAGAAGAGGAAGAAGGGGCAGAAGGGAAAGCUGUGA